AUACAGUCCGCCAAGGACAACGCAGUUGACAUCGCGAAGGGACUCGUUGUCGCGCACGCGAGCGGAUCAGAAAGCCGGCAGUUUCGCGGAGACGGCCAAGUGCCGCCGACCGGAAGUAUCAGUGAGAGGGAAGGGGUGAAGGGCACCAAGUCGGCCACGAGGACGUCGUAACGACGUUACAACGACGACGACAACGACGACGACGACGACGACGACGACGACGACGGCGACGACGACGACGACUCUCCGUCCACAGCCGCGUUCCUUUCUUUAUUUCGCCAUCUCGCUCGCUCUCCCGUCGUCAUUUUGUGCCGGAAGCACGCACUUACCGCUCGCGUCUGCUUCAGGAUCGUGACUUUUGAUCCGUCGCGCGGUGGCUUACGUCUCGCGUGUGUCGUCGCGCGUGAAGAAGGAACUUCACUCACUCUCUCUUCCUCUCGCUCACACUCGCUCGCUCUGUCGUUGUCCGCCUUUCGGCGCGUUUGAGAGCAGUCAAGUCUACCAGCAAAAGUAGUCCUUGCUCCUGCCUUGGUUUUCUUCUCGUUUGAUCACCCUCUUUCUUAGUCCUCCUCCUCCUCCUCCUCCUCCUCCUCCUUCCGCUCUUCUUCCUCCACCUCGAGACUUGCUCGCUUUCUCUUAGUCUCCCUCUCUCCCGGUUUCCGUCCGUCUUCAUCUUCGUCUCCCUCUUGCUCUCGCUGUCGCUCUCGCUCUCGUCAGGGGCGUCGUCUCUUCUCGUCGUAGUCUUCGUCUUCGUUGCAGCGAACAUGGGCGGAUGUACUUCGAAGGAUACCACGUCGAGCGACGAUAAAAAGAGCAACAACAUGGUGGACGCGGCUGUUUUGGACAAGCUGGAGUCCGGCUAUGCUAAGCUGGCGGCAUCCGACAGCAAGUCGCUGCUGAAGAAAUACUUGUCGAAGGAGGUGUUCGACCAGCUGAAGACACGCAAGACGUCGUUCGGCUCCACGCUGCUGGACGUGAUCCAGUCCGGUCUGGAGAAUCACGACUCCGGCGUGGGCAUCUACGCGCCCGAUGCUGAGGCUUACACCGUGUUCGCCGAGAUCUUCGACCCGAUCAUCGAUGACUACCACGGCGGCUUCAAGAAGUCCGACAAGCACCCGCCCAAGGACUUCGGCGACGUCGACUCCUUCGGCAAUCUCGAUCCUACCGGUGAAUACAUCGUGUCGACUCGCGUGCGAUGCGGCCGCUCUUUGGACGGAUAUCCGUUCAACCCGUGCCUGACCGAGGCGCAGUACAAGGAGAUGGAGGAGAAGGUGUCCAGCACGCUCUCUGGUCUGGGCGGCGAGCUGAAGGGUACCUUCUACCCGCUCACCGGCAUGAGCAAGGAGGUGCAGCAGAAGUUGAUUGACGACCACUUCCUCUUCAAGGAGGGCGAUCGUUUCCUGCAGGCCGCCAACGCCUGCCGCUUCUGGCCGACCGGUCGCGGUAUCUUCCACAACGACGAUAAGACCUUCUUGGUGUGGUGCAACGAGGAGGAUCAUCUUCGUAUCAUCUCCAUGCAGAUGGGCGGUGACCUCGGUCAGGUAUACCGUCGUCUGGUGACCGCCGUGAACGAGAUCGAGAAGCGGGUGCCGUUCUCCCACAACGAUCGCUUCGGCUUUCUCACUUUCUGCCCGACGAACUUGGGCACGACGGUGCGCGCGUCCGUGCACAUCAAGGUGCCGAAGCUCGCUGCCAACAAGGCCAAACUCGAGGAGGUCGCGUCCAAGUACAAUCUCCAGGUGCGCGGCACCCGUGGCGAGCACACCGAGGCCGAGGGCGGCAUCUACGACAUCUCCAACAAGCGGCGCCUCGGUCUCACCGAGUACCAGGCUGUGAAAGAGAUGAACGACGGCAUAGCCGAGCUCAUCAAGCUCGAGGCUAGUAUGUAAACACCGUGUCGUCCGCCCCCACCAUCUCCCCACAUCCCUCAAAAGUCUCCUCUGCUCCCCCCUACCCCGACACGUAUUACUAUUCGUUUCCUAAAAACAAAAGAAGAAAAAAAGAAAUAAUUAGUCCCGUCGUCUCGGGCGUCACACUUAUGUGUGUGUGUGUGUGGUGUGUGUGACGUCACACGUUUGAAACACGCGUCCUCCCUAGAACCGCGCGCGAGAAUAAAUUGAAGACUGUUCUGUCCUUCAGACGUGAGAGAGAGCAGCUUAUUAUUAUUAUUAUUAUCGUACUAUGCAUUGUAUCUUCGACAGUGUACGUAUCUUUUUUUGUUUCUUUUCGUUUUAGUUUUGUUCAUUCGUUCCACCGUUCUCUUUUUCGUUUCUGUUCUCUCUUUUACUUUCUUUUUUCGUUCAAUAAAAUUCUCUCGAGCACGUUCUCGCGUAUGAUUUGCGUCGCUAUUCGUUACCGUUAUAGUCGUAAGCAGCAUAGUCACGCGUUUCACACACGUAGUGCUCUAGUGCUAGUCCCCACGAAACUCGUGCUUGUCUAUUAGAUACGAGAUUACAAAGAGAAAAGAUUAGCAAGUCGUUCGACCGAAUAGUUCAUUCACGACGGCGCCAAUGACGACGAUGGCAACGAUGAAGAAAAGAAGAUCGCGGUCGUUGAUCACGAGAGGAUUGCCAGGCGGCAGCAGCAGCAGCGCGGCGCGAUCCGUUUAAGCUUGCGAUCUUUUUACGGAACCGAGCGGGGUCGAGAGAAAGCGAGAUCGAGUGAGAGAGAGAGAGAGAGAGAGCGCGCGCGCGCAAGGUUUUUCGGUGCUCGACGGCGCUUUUCUAGUCCGACGAGAACGGUGUGUGGAGAGCGACGAUUCAGCGUUUUUUCAUUCUCUUUUUUACCGUGUGACGAGAGGCCGUGAGAGAAAGGAACAUCUGCAACGGAUAUAUACGACGCGCACUACUACUACUAUUAACUACUACUAUUACACACACGCAGAAAAAAAGCGUUAAAAGCAGAGCUGCGACGGCAUAUUAGAGACAGCGUGUACUACAGCCGACUCGACAAACCAGAUGUACGAGAAAAUUACAAGUAUCGAGACACGAAUAAAAAGACAUACACACAUUAUGUA